AUGGCCCGAUCUCGGGCUCUCGGCGUGGCUCUAAUAUGCUUUUGUUUCUGGGGCCCUUUGCUUCUUACGUUACUUAUCCACGCCAACAAGCUUCCUUCUGUGCAAAUAAUUAUUAAAGAGGUUUCAACGGUUAAAAAUCCUUCAGACGCCCCAGAAACAACAGAUUAUCAUGGAAGCUCAGCAGGUGAAUCAGACCUCGACGCAGAACCCUCAGCUGAACACGAAGUCGAAAUCGACCCAGACCUCGACCCCGAAACCCCAGCCGAAGUCGACCUAGACGCUGAAACCCACGAAUCCGAAGACAUCGAACUAGAAGAAUACCUCGAAAACAUGUCCAAGAAAUCAUCCACCUCCCCAGAAACCGAAGUCGACACACCAGCCGAGCAAGACGAAUACUUCGAAGACCUCCUCGCCAUGACAUUGAAAAUAACCAACAAAGUCAACGGCGAGCCCGUGGAACGUCCCAAUCGUCUAGGCGCGCAGGGUAAAUGGACGGUCGACUACGAGCUCGAUGAGAUGGAUGUCAAGCGUGGAAAUGAUAUUCUGCGCAUGUGCAAGCGUAGGAGACGGUUGAUUUUCGAGCGCUCUGAGGAUGAGGAGGGUGUUAAUUCGAGGAAUAAGGAGUAUUUGGCUAGAUUGCAGAAGAUGGCGAAGCAGGGGAGGAUGCAUAGGCAGAAGGAGCGGAGGAAGGAUAGACAGCAGGGGAUUGUUUAUGAGGAUUUGAGUGGGAGUGGGAAUUUGAACAAGGGACCCAAUAAGAAGGUGAAGGGUUGA